AUGACUACAUCGGCUCACGCUUCAGCUCGAGCCAUGAACGCUCUAUUUCCACGAGCUUGUCAUUCAUAUCGUCCACUUCAUUGCAGUCUUCUAGACACUGAAAACGGUUUUGUAACUCGAGCUGAAAGGUUUCGGGACUUUGGAACAGAGCACGAGGGGGACGGAGCGUUGACUUCAUUAGACGAGACCUCUCCAACUUAA